AUGAAUCAGCCCGUCGAUGUGAACUUUAAGCUCGAUGGAAGUCCGUAUGAGGUCGAACAGAUGAUUGGCAUCGGCGCUUAUGGCCAAGUGCGGCAAGCUAUUGAUGUGGUAAGUGGUUUUUCUUGUUUUUGUUGUUGUUUUUGGUUUGAAGUUUGAAGGGUUUUUUGUCGAAAUUUGAUAAAAAUGAAUGUUUUUGGAAGGGAAGGAGGAAGAACAAUAGGUCAACAAGAAAUAAAAAGUUUCUUUUAAAAAUGUAAAUACAAAAUUGAAGUGCGUACAACAGCAUUUUUUUAAAGUAUGUGAAUAAAUAAGGUAGCGAAGGUAGAUAGGAAAGAGUAGGGUAGGAUAGGAGAAGGCAAAGUUGAGUAGGGUAGGGUAAGGUAGGUUAGGAUAACGUAGGGCAAGGUAGGGUAGGAUAGCGUUGGGUACAGUAGGGUGGGGUAGGGUAAGGUAGAAUAGGGUAGGGUAGGAUAGGGUAGGGUAGGGCAGAGUAGGGUAGGGUAGGGUAGGGUAGGGUAGGGUAGGGUAGAGUAGGAUAGGGUAGGGUAGGGUAGGGUAGGGUAGGGUAGGGUAGGGUAUGGUAGGGUAGAGUAGGGUAGGGUAGGGUAGGGUAGGGUAGAGUAGGGUAGGGUAGGGUAGGGUAGGGUAGGGUAGGGUAGGGUAGGGUAGGGUAGAGCUAAUAAAACUUUACUUUUGAAGUUAUAUACAUAUGAUAGUAGUACGCUGUUCAAAUAAUUCUGUGCCUAACCCAAUUGCUUUGAGGGGGAGCCUAUAAUUAUUUGAAUAACAUAGCAGUAAGAAUUUUAAUAUUAUACCGUUUAGAAAAAUCAAAAACCAGUAGCAGUAAAACGAAUAGUAGAUGCCUUUGGUACCUAUGUGUUGGCUAAACGCAAUUUACGAGAAGUCCGAAUACUUCGAAGGCUACAGCACAAGAACAUAAUCAGUGUUUUGGAUAUGUUUGUUGUUCCGGCUAGCCAUGUGCGUUUUUUUAAUUAUUUUUAGAGUUUUAUAAAUACUCUUACAAUCUCAUUGUUAAUUCUAACUGAUAAUAAUGUAAAAGCUAAUCAUCUUUUAUAAAAAAAAAAUUAAAACCAAGGACGUAUUUUACACUUUCAGGGACGCGACAUCUUUUUGGUAAUGGAUUUGAUGGAGACCACGUUGCAUAAAAUUGUUCACAGUACGCAAACAUUGACUGAUAAGCAUGUGAAAUACUUUCUUUAUCAAAUUCUAUGCGGGUUAAAGGUAGGUGCGUCUUUUGGUUUUAAACUUAGCUAUACAAACAUCAACUAUCAUUGAUAAGUUCGUAAAAAUGAAAAAAAAACUGUGAAAAAGAGAGCGAAAUAUUUUUAAAAAAUAAAAAUCAGUCACUUGCUAGCGUACAACUAUAAAAUAUUGAAAUAUAAGAAAUUUGAGUGUACUUUACAAAUUGUAAGUCAUAAUUUAAACUUAUGUUAUAUAACACUUUAAACCUUUACAGUACCUACACUCUGGCGGUAUAAUCCAUCGUGAUUUGAAGCCAGACAACUUGCUAGUAAAUGCUGAUUGUUUGUUGAAAAUUGCCGACUUUGGCAUGGCCAGAUCAAUGGAAUCUUUGAGGACUGAAGAGGAUUCUGUCAUGACUGUAGGUUCUUUUACUUUUUCUUGUAAAAAGCGGCUUCGAAAAAUAAAAAUGCAUAUUUUCGACUUAAACUUUAUAGAAAUUACAGGAAAAUUAAGCCACGCUCAUAAAACUCAUUAAAAUUUGAGUUGUGUCAAGGUUUUGUGAGAUAGAUAAUAUGCUCUCACUUUAGCAAUACGUACAAACGAGGUGGUAUCGUGCUCCAGAACUAUUGUUUUCAAUGUUGGACUACGAUGUGAAGUAAGGUGGACAUAAUUUCCUACAUAAUAUUAAUAUUUUCUCUCAGAGUAGACAUCUGGUCAGUCGGAUGUAUACUAUGUGAAAUGAUAAUGCGACGUCAGCUAUUCCCGGGCCGAGAAGCGGCCAAUCAGAUUAAAAUGAUUGUAUUUUACUUGGGUACACCAUCAAAGGAAAUCUUGGACAAAAUUACAUCAAAAUUAAUUCGAGAUUGGAUUACAAGCUUUGGACAUCGCGAACCACUACCAUGGAAGGCUAUCUUGGACAAAGCGUCGCCUAAGGUUGUGGAUUUGGCUGAAAAGGUAAUUAUUUAUGAUAACAACUUAAACCAGUUUUUUUUGUUUUAGAUAGUACUUUAAUUUUGGUACUUGGUUUUUACAGUUUAGGCAAAGUUUUUUAGUUUCACAACUUUGUUAGGCUAAGUUUGACCCUUCUAAACCCUCUAAUGUUCACUUUCUCAAAAAAAUGGAAGUAUUAUCGUAUUUGAUAUAUGUGCAACCAAAGAGCAUAGUACACAAAACAUUUUGAAUUCCGUAGCUUUACAAAACAACCAGACGGAUCCAAGUUUGUCUUUGAAAUUUCGAAAAAGCUAUCUAAACAUCAUCUGUCCUUACGAUGAAAAAAGGAAACAUUUCUUUUAUUAAAAGGGUGAGAAAGUAUGUACUUCUGCAAUUAUAACAUAAAAAAGAAGUUUUUAAAGAACUUUUCGUUGUUAAAAAAUAUAAAAAGUUGUGAAUUUCAAGAGCUAACAUCAUAACUUUACCUUGCUUACAAGCAAAGUACCAAACCUGCCCCGCUCUGAUUGUAAAGGGCUGGGCAAAACCUAAUUUUUCGUUCCGGCAUUGGGGCCCAAGUGGCUGCAGCCCUUCUGAGGCAAGUCGGGUACUUUAUUGGUAAGUUUACAAUUAAAGCAGUAAUAACUUUAAAAUUUUUUCAGUAUAUAGUAAUCAAAAUAGUCAAAAAUGUUUUUCAAAUCAUUUUUUGCCAUUUUUUUUAAUUUCAAUUUUGCAAAAUGGAAACUUCCCGCCAGUAUUUCUCUUCGCACUGUAAUUACAAUUAUUGUGUUCAUUAAGUUAUAUCACGUAGACAAUCGUUUUGUUUAAAACGUGACUUCAAUCUGUCAUAUUAAAGUAGUUGUCUCAAAGUACAUCGAUUGUUUCGACAAAGUCUAAUUGAACAUAAAGCACGAGACGGGUCACGUUGUUAUAACUGGUUAUGGCGAACGUAGAUUUCGUAAAUGUUGUGGGACUUUGGAAUUUAAAAAAAAUUCAAAAAUUUUAAAAUUAUUAGGUGAUUGCAAAAGUUUCUGGCCGAUUUUUCAAAAAUUUUUUUUAAAAAUUUUGCACUGUUCUAGAACUUUCUGUUGGCAACCUGUAUAAAGAGGUGUCCAAGGACUAAAAACUAUUGCAUGUUCAAGCUUUCUUUUGUUUACAGUAGUUCAAGAAAUCAAGGUGAAACACAAUCAUGUUCGGCCAGUGUUGUUUCUCAAAUUCCGCAAUCACGGCAACGCAACAUAGCGACGUAGAAAAUAUGCAGUGCUGUAAGGCCUUUAGUUGUCUCUUACGACACCACAAAAGUUUGGUUCCACAAGUUCAAAAACGGUGACUUUGACAUGUCCGAAAAGUUCGAUCUGGUAGACCAUUAGCGUUGAAGAAACCCCACCUUCUGAAGCUGAUCGAAGAAGACCUCCGACGAACCUGUACUUAUUUGACUGUAGAGCUUCAGUGUGACCCUUCUACCACAUUAAUUAGAUUUUACGCCCUUGGGAGAUUACGGAAAUAUGGUCAAGAAGUUCCACAUGAUUUGAACAGCGAUCAGCUGAACGUCGAGUAGAAGUUUGCACUUGUUUGUUGAUGCUCCCAAGGAACUUUGAAUGGCUUGACAAUUUGGUUACUGGGGAUGAGGAGUGGUUACUGUAUGUUAAUCACACCAGUAAGAAACAAUGGCUUGAACGUGGAGAACAGGGUGUAUCAACCUCAAACCUGAUCUUCACCCAUUGGAUAAGAUGAUCAGCUUUAGCUGGAACUCAACAGGUAUUGUGUACUGGGAAAUGGUAGCACAUGGAACUACGAUCCCUGUGGAUGUCUACUGUAGACAAAUUAAAUCUAUUGCGGCAGCAUUGCAUGGUAAACAGAAUCGGGUUUUCUUCAUUCAUGAUACUGCUUGCACCCUUGUGACAAAGUUGACCCAACACAAGCUCAAAAGCCUCGGCUGGCCUGUGAUUUCAUAUGCACAGUACUCACCUGAGGUUGCUCUAACAGAUUAUCAUAUGUUCUACUCUCUUCAAAAUCACCUUGACACAACACGCUUUGACAAUCGAGAGUACCUCAAGAGGUGGUGGGCUAACUUUUUCAAUUCUCAAACACCAGGUUUUUACAGAAGUUGAAUCCAAAUGCUGCUGAAGGGAUGGAAACAGGUUGUUGAUAAUAAUGACACAUAUAUUUGUUAAUUAGUUAUUGUUGUUUUUUUUAAAUAUUAAAUUUUGGUAAAAACAAAAGUCGGCCAGAAACUUUUGCAAUCACCUAAUAUUAACAAUUGUAAAGUCAAUGCAUAAAGUUCAAAAUCCUAAAAUUAAAGCUCAAACGUUUUUUAAAUUCUAAACUGUAAAGUAUUUUGAAUAAUGUUAUCAUUCAGCUCCUCAAAAUGGCUCCAUGGGAUCGCCUAACGGCCGAACAAGCCUUGUCUCAUCCAUACUUAUCUUUGUAUCAUGUUCCUGAAGAAGAGCCCAUCUGUCCACAAGCAGUUCAAUUAGACGCAGAUGCGAUUGAACACCUUUCAAUGCAAGAUUGCCUUAGGGAGUUGAGCCAGGAAGCCCAAUUCUUUCAAUCUCAACGAAAUUUGUAUCCCAUCGAAAUGGCUUCUCAAUCAUAA